CGUAUUGCUAGACAUUGCCUAUUAUUAUUAAAAAUUUUCUUCUAGAACGCCGUGACGUCAUACGAGCGCUUGCGCUAUUGCGCGAAUGAGACAUUUUGAAUUUAAAUGUGGCGUUUGUGUGCGUCUAUCAGCUUCAAAUGUGUUUCAUCGAUAUAUCAAAAGGUUUAUCAGGUUUUUCUACAGUAUUUCUAACUUACAAUGGGUGAAAUUGAGGACGAGAAUUUUCCUCGUGGAGGAACUAGACCACGUUUUUCCGGAAAGCGUCAAAAAGAAGAUGAUAAUCUAUUUUCACACACCAAACAAGCCAAAAAUAAAAAACAAAGAAAGGAAAGGGUUAUACCCGAAACUAUAAGCGACGAAACUUUUCAUUCAUCCCUAAAUAUACAAGGAACUUUAACUUAUAACAGCUUGAAAACAGACAUGAUUAUAUUGGGCUGCAUUAGACACAUUACAAAUUUUUCUUUAGAAGUUGAAUUGCCAGGACUAACUAUUGCUUAUGUGAAUAUUACAAAUAUAUCUGAUCCUUUUACAAAGCACUUGAAUUCGAAAUUGGAAGAAUCAGAUGAAGACAGUGAUAUAUUGUUGAAGCAAAUGUUCAAAAUAGGCCAAUUCGUUCUAACAAAAGUGAUAAAUAUAGAAAGUAAAGAAAAGGGCAUUCAUGUAGAAUGUACAAUAAAUCCUAGAGAUAUUUAUAGUGACAAAUCCCAUAAUUCUUUUGAGAAUUGGAUGCUGAUAUGGUGUUCUGUACAAGCUGAAUUAGAACAUGGGUAUGAAAUAAAUGUCGGAAUAAAAAAUUGCAGGGUAUUUUUACCUUCUGAGAAUGUUGAUGGAGAUAGAAAAUUAUUUGUAGGUGAACUUUUGUGGGGCACUAUUCACAAAUGUGACAGUUCGAAUGUAGCUAGUACUCUAAGAAUUAUUAGUUCUAAGAGUGAACAUUUAAAAAAUACCAAAAUAAAAGAAAUGAAUAAUUUGUAUGAUUUAAUUCCUGGUAUGCAAAUUGAAGUUAUGGUAGAUAAGAUCACCAAUACUGGUAUACAAUGUAAAUUCCUUAAUGAUUUGUUUGGAUACAUUGAUGAAGGGCAUUUAUUAGAGGAUUUAAGUAAAUACCACGAGGGCAAUUUGCUAACAGCUUAUAUUUUAUACAUUGAUCAUGCUGUGAAAGUCACACAUUUUACUACUUUUGAAUUGGAUUUAGCUCAAUUACCAGAAUACAAAAUUGGAACUACAGUCACAGCAGAGGUCAUUUCCAAAGCACGCAACGGUAUAUAUUUAAAACUGCCCUCAAAAGCACGUUGCAUAGUAACCAAUAGAAGACUCGUCAACUCUUGGCCAAAAAAAUUCGCCAAUAUGGAUAUCUCCGAAACUAUCCGUCUUAAAUUUGCCCCGAAAACUCGUCAUAAUUGCCGAAUUUUGGACUACAAUCAUAUGUCCAGAACGUACAUUGGAACUGUGGAGCCGUCAUUGAUUAAAGAAGCUAUUUUCACCGCUGAAGAUGUUGUUCUAGGGCAGCUGCUACAUGUGGUCAUUGACAAAGUUAAGGCAGAAGGUUUGGUAGUAUCGGCGGGGCAUAUAAAAGGAUUUAUACCGAAUUUGUAUCUAUCGAAUAUCAAAUAUAGUGAUGCAAUUAAGAAGAAAUUUAAGGAGGAUCAGAAGAUUAAAGCUAGGGUACUGAGUGUUCAAGACGGAAAUGUUCUUUUAACCUUAAAAUCGAGCCAGGUAGACUCGGAAGAAUGUCUAACAAAAUUAGAACAGGCCAAGAGAGGAGAUCGUUUCCCGGGAGUGAUUAUUUCAACCAAACCUACAGGAGCAUUUGUUGUUUUUUAUGGUAAUGUCAAUGGAUGGAUCAGCAAACAAUAUUUGGAUGAACAGGACGAUGAUCAGAAGCCAGAUCCCCAACAGUUUUUCUUCAGAGGACAAGUUGUGAAUCCGUGGGUAUUGGGCGUUAUAAAUGACAAAGUCAUACUGUCUCUACGUCAGCCUAUAGAUUAUGAAACGUUCGGAGCUCUAGCGGUGGGCCAAAAAAUUAAUGGAGUAGUUAGUGACAUACAGAAAGAUAAAAUAUUUGUUAAAACGUCAAGAGGAAAACCUGUAGGAAUUGUUCCUGUAAAUCAUCUUAGUAGCAAUUUAUCCUUGUGUCCAAUCGUUUUAAAGACGUUCAAGAUUGGAGAUCAAUUAGAAGAUCUUUUAUGUAUAAACAAUUCUAGUACACCAAGAUUGUUGUCUAUUAGAGAAUCAUUGGCGCUAAAAAGGUGUCCCGAAUUGAAAUUACUGAAAUUUAAGAAACUCAGGCCCGGAAUAUUAGUAAGGUGUUCCUAUUUAUCAGCUUGUGAAUUAGGAAUAUACGUUUUGCCCCUAAUUCUAGAUUAUACUGACAAAAUAUUGAUCAGAAGAAAGGAUAUUACCAAAAAAGGCAAAGCACUACCAACAUUUGAACCACUUCAAAGUAUAGUAACUAAAAUCGUAAAAAUUGAUCAUGAAACAAAGAAAAUCCGAUUAACGGCACAAUUGACCGAAGUUUUUGACAACAGCGUAGAGGGCGUUUUAAAAUUGUUCAGUGAAUAUUUGACGGACGUUCAACGCGUUAAAGAGUUUGGUGAACAAAAUGAUUGGGAUAUUUGUAAAUAUAAUCCAGGCGAUAGAUUAAUUUGCCGCGUCGAAAAAUUGGGCUACCAGGGUGGGUGCCUUGUUAAAUUGCCCAGUGGAGCCUGUGGUGUAGUUGCUCCGCGACUCUGCCCAGGAAAUCUAAAAGAAGGUCAAAAUAUUACGGGUGUAUUUCUAUCGCAAAAUUUUACCAACAAUUAUACGGAUAUAUGUUUCAAAUCUGAUAUUUCCCAAAAAAUUAAUCAAUAUCAAGAUGGACUGAUUAGUUGUCCAAAUUUAUCAUCUUGCAUAGUAGAAAAUAUCCUUCUUAAAACUGAUUUGGUUAUUGCGCUUUUAAAACAAAAAGACGGGAAUAGACAGUUGGUCUAUAUCCCUCUAUUUCUACACGAAAAUGAUUUUGAAGGUUGCUCGCGAUAUUAUCAACAAGAAAAGUUUAAAAUUUCUAUAUGCGGAAAAGUCGAUAAACGUUUAGUCGGUAUGAGCAAAAAGUUAUUUGUAACUCUGGAUAAAACUAAAGAGAAAAUUAGUACAAUUAAAGCUAUUAGAACUGAAAAGAAAAUUAAAGAAUCAGAAAAACGCACAUCACGUAACAAAGAAGAAAUUAAAAUGGAGGUUGAAGAGGCAGCUCAAGAUUCAGAAGAUGAAGAGAUGUCAGAAGAAAUUAAAAUCGAGAUGAAAGAAGAGGCAGAAGAUUUGGACGACGAAGAGAAGCCAGAAAUAUCACAUGAAGAGAUGUCAGAAGAAAUUAAAAUCGAGAUGAAAGAAGAGGCAGAAGAUUUGGACGACGAAGAGAAGCCAGAAAUAUCACAUGAAGAGAUGUCAGAAGAAAUUAAAAUCGAGAUGAAAGAAGAGGCAGAAGAUUUGGACGACGAAGAGAAGCCAGAAAUAUCACAUGAAGAGAUGUCAGAAGAAAUUAAAAUCGAGAUGAAAGAAGAGGCAGAAGAUUUGGACGACGAAGAGAAGCCAGAAAUAUCACAUGAAGAGAUGUCAGAAGAAAUUAAAAUCGAGAUGAAAGAAGAGGCAGAAGAUUUGGACGACGAAGAGAAGCCAGAAAUAUCACAUGAAGAGAUGUCAGAAGAAAUUAAAAUCGAGAUGAAAGAAGAGGCAGAAGAUUUGGACGACGAAGAGAAGCCAGAAAUAUCACAUGAAGAGAUGUCAGAAGAAAUUAAAAUCGAGAUGAAAGAAGAGGCAGAAGAUUUGGACGACGAAGAGAAGCCAGAAAUAUCACAUGAAGAAGUGGAUGAGGAUUCUGAAGAUGAUGAAGUGAAGCCAGAAAUAUCAGAUGAAGAAAUGGAUGAGAAUUCUGAAGAUGAUGAAGUGAAGCCAGAAAUAUCAGAUGAAGAAAUGGAUGAGAAUUCUGAAGAUGAUGAAGUGAAGCCAGAAAUAUCAGAUGAAGAAAUGGAUGAGAAUUCUGAACAUAACGAAAGUUCCAAAGAUGAUGAAGAGGAGAAACCGUCCGAGAAUAAUGAAACUUCUAAAGAUGAAGAAAUCGAAGAAGUUCAAGUUAAAAAACAAAUUAAUGGUGUUUCAUCAAAUAAUUCUGCAAAGGGGCCUGUCCUAUCGGGUGUUAGUUCCUUUUUUAACACGAAAACUAAUGUCGAACCUGAGGUGUCUUCUGACGAUGAAGUGGAGGAAACAACGGUUAAAAAGAAAAAGAAGUUGUCAGCUGCUGAACGGGCUCAACAAGCAAAAGAAGAGUUAGCGAGAAUUUCUAAAAUCGAAAACGAAUUGGCCGAUUCGACGAGAACGCCAGAAAUAUCACAUGAAGAAAUGGAUGAGAAUUCUGAAGAUAACGAAAGUUCCAAAGAUGAUGAAGAGGAGAAACCGUCCGAGAAUAAUGAAACUUCUGAAGAUGAAGAAAUCGAAGAAGUUCAAGUUAAAAAACAAAUUAAUGGUGUUUCAUCAAAUAAUUCUGCAAAGAGGCCUGUCCUAUCGGAUGUUAGUUCCUUUUUUAACACGAAAACUAAUGUCGAACCUGAGGUGUCUUCUGACGAUGAAGUGGAGGAAACAACGGUUAAAAAGAAAAAGAAGUUGUCAGCUGCUGAACGGGCUCAACAAGCAAAAGAAGAGUUAGCGAGAAUUUCUAAAAUCGAAAACGAAUUGGCCGAUUCGACGAGAACGCCAGAAAUAUCACAUGAAGAAAUGGAUGAGAAUUCUGAAGAUAACGAAAGUUCCAAAGAUGAUGAAGAGGAGAAACCGUCCGAGAAUAAUGAAACUUCUGAAGAUGAAGAAAUCGAAGAAGUUCAAGUUAAAAAACAAAUUAAUGGUGUUUCAUCAAAUAAUUCUGCAAAGAGGCCUGUCCUAUCGGGUGUUAGUUCCUUUUUUAACACGAAAACUAAUGUCGAACCUGAGGUGUCUUCUGACGAUGAAGUGGAGGAAACAAUGGUUAAAAAGAAAAAGAAGUUGUCAGCUGCUGAACGGGCUCAACAAGCAAAAGAAGAGGAAGCGAGAAUUUCUAAAAUCGAAAACGAAUUGGCCGAUUCGACGAGAACGCCAGAAAGUGCCGAACAAUUUGAUAGAUUGUUACUAGCCAAUCCUAAUUCAUCGGAGCUUUGGACUAAAUAUAUUGCUUUUCACACUGCUGCCACCGAAUUCGAUAAGGCGCGAGUCGUCGCUAGAAGAGCAUUAGAAGCCAUAAAUAUGACCUUACUUGAUGAACGAUUCAAUAUUUGGAUAGCUCUACUUAAUUUAGAAAACAUGUUUGGUACCAAGGAAUCGUUCGACAAAACUUUUGAAGAAGCUGUUAAAUACAAUGAUUCGCUACAAAUAUAUCUUAAAGUCAUCAAAAUGUUAGCCGAAACCGGGAAGUUAGCGGACAUGGAGGAGAAAAUUAAAAAAGUCCGAAACAAAUAUAAACAAGUACCCGAAAUGUGGUUAGAAAUCGCCUACACUUAUUAUCAAGUGAAUGAAUUCAAAGAAGCCAGAAAUAUGACCUUACUUGAUGAACGAUUCAAUGUUUGGAUAGCUCUACUUAAUAUAGAAAACAUGUUAGGUACCAAGGAAUCGUUCGACAAAACUUUUGAAGAAGCUGUUAAAUACAAUGAUUCGCUACAAAUAUAUCUUAAAGUCAUCAAAAUGUUAGCCGAAACCGGGAAGUUAGCGGACAUGGAGGAGAAAAUUAAAAAAGUCCGAAACAAACAUAAACAAGUACCCGAAAUGUGGUUAGAAAUCGCCAAAACUUAUUAUCAACUGAAUAAAUUCAAAGAAGCCAGAAAUAUGAAAGAUUCCGCUCUGAAAUCCAUAGAUAAUAGAAAAACGCAAUUAGAAAUAAUCGUGAAAUUCGCUAUAAUGGAGUUCAAGUUCGGCGAUGCCAACCACGGGGCCGCCAUUUUUGAAACCAUCCUCAGUUCGUAUCCUAGGAUAGUUACUAUUUGGACGACGUACGUCGAUCAACUCGUUAAAAAGGAUAAUAUCGAUCAAGCAAGGCAAGUAUUAGAAAGAUCAGUUUGUCAAAGAUUGCCUCUUAAAAAUAUGAAAACGUUAUUUAUGAAGUUUAGAAUGUUUGAGGAACAGCACGGGACACCGGAGACGGUUGAAGCGGUUAAAGAAAAAGCGAAGGAAUACGUUGCCAGAGUUUCUUCAAAUUGAUUGUUAAUUUGGAUUUGUUUUUUUUAUUAAAUAUAUAAUUAAAUUAGGUACAUUA